AUGCCCUUUGGGAAGCUAGUCACUACCCAGAACCUUUUAAGGUUUGGAUUAGGCCCUGCCCUAGUUGUUUCGGUUGUUGUCCUUGCUGUUGUUCCCGAGGGUAAGCUAGAUAAUAGUGUCGCUUCCAAGAAGAGGCUUCAUGGCUCUUUUGCCACCCCCGGACCCUCAAACCCUAGGACUGUAGACGACAAUGUGACCAUCGCCCAGUUCACCAGAAAUUUGAAUGUGCCAGCGACCACUGCCAUUCCCAGUGAAGUGACAAUGGGUGAAGCGUGA